CAGUCGUUCAAACCGGAAGGUGAGGCCAAAAGCAUUGUUGAAGUAAGGCUCCGCAUGCUUUGAACACAUCCGGAAGGAAGGUUCUGCCGUUUAGAGAUUAGGAGUGCGCCGGGGCUGAAUAUUGUGUCCUUCUGAUAGUGACUCGAAUGAGAAAGGUAUAGAGUUGAUUGUGUAGUUCAAAUAAGAAUGGAACGACCUCAGGGCCCAAUACAGCGAUGACCGCAUCGAUGCUUGGAUCAGCACUAUCCGGUGAAAAGACCAGAGCGCAUCACGACUAGGGCGCCAAGCAUUCGCUGCGACAAGCGUCAUCGCAUUCGAGCCUCAAGCAGGCUACCGCAUCGCCGCAUCGUCGAAUUACCGCCUCCAAACGCUCCUCCCGACUUCUCGACACGUGAAAGACAGUAUGGCGAACGGCUGGGCACCAUUCAUCGGACUUCUCGUUACCGCGGUCUUCUGCGCGGCAGCAUGGUUCCUCGCACCUAAGGGUGAAAACCAGACUGUCUGGCGAUCAACCCUCGUCCUCUCGGCCGCCGCUAUGUACCUCAUGUGGGCCAUCACAUUCCUCGCACAACUGCACCCUCUCAUCUCGCCUGUACGAAACGACCUGCGACCGGAAUACAACCAAGGGUAGAGGAAUAGAACGCUGCUGUACUUCAUGAAUACAAAUACACGGACGAGGAGCCGGCUAGACUGAGGCCACAACGCUCGUGUGCGUAGAUCACAGGCACGCGAGUAGGGCUGGGACUUCGAGAAUUGAGCGCAUUG